GAGGAGGAGGAGGAGGAGGACCUGAGUGAGCUGCCCCCACUGGAGGACGUGGGCAGGCCGCCGGCCCUGCCGCGGGAGGAUGCCCAGCCCUUGGAGCAGGGUGGGGGGGAAGCAGCUGAUGACCCCCAGGAGUGGCUCGACGUUUUGGGGAGUGGCUUGCUCAAGAAGAAGACGCUGGUGCCAGGCCAGGGGGUGGACACCCGUCCCCGCAAGGGCCAGGACGUGACUGUCCGCCUGAAGGCCACACUGGAGGAUGGCAGCGUGGUGGAGGAGAACCCUGCCCUCACCUUCACACUGGGGGACUGUGACGUCUUGCAGGCUCUGGACUUGUGUGUGCAGCUCUUGGAAAUGGGGGAGACAGCUUUGAUCGUGUCAGAUGCAAAGUACUGCUACGGCUCUCAGGGCAGGAGCCCUGACAUCCCACCCGACGCGGCUCUCACCCUGGAGGUGGAGCUGCUGGCAGCUCAGGAUGCACCGGACCUGGAGCUGCUCAGUGGGAAGGAGAAGAUAGAGCUGGCCAACCGCAAGCGGGAGCGUGGCAACUUCUUCUACCAGCAGGCAGAUUAUGUACUGGCCAUCAACUCCUACGACAUUGCCCUCAAGGUCAUCGGCUCCAGCUCAAAAGUUGACUUCAGCCCGAACGAGGAGGCUGAGUUGCUGGACGUGAAGGUGAAAUGUCUCAACAAUCUGGCAGCUUCUCAGCUUAAAUUGGACCAUUACGAAGCAGCCCUGAAGUCCUGUAACCUUGUCCUGGAGCACCAGCCAGGGAACAUCAAGGCUCUGUUCCGAAAGGGCAAGGUCCUGGCUCAGCAGGGUGAAUACAGAGAGGCCAUCCCCAUCUUAAAAGCGGCGUUGAAGCUGGAGCCUUCAAACAAGACCAUCCACGCUGAGCUCUCCAAGCUGGUGAAGAAACAUGCGGACCAGAAGAACGUGGAGACGGAGAUGUACAGGAAGAUGCUCGGGAAUCCCAGUGCCAUCGGUACCCCGGGAAAGUGCAAAGACAAGCUGCCCUGG